UUUGCAUGGCCUUAUACCAGAUAUUCAAAAUCCAUCCUUUUUCUUCCCUAGUUUCCUCAAUUCAUCUCCCAACUUCUCUCCCUCUCCCUCCAAAUCAGUCUCUUUCUCUUCUCAAACUUCUCAAAGUUGCUCUCUUUCUUAUCAAAGCUUCCAUCUUUCUCUGCUGCCAUGGCAGUAGCGGAGCUCUCAACGCCUUCAUACACCACCACCCGCCUUGUCCACCCAUCCAAGCUCUCCUUCUCAGCCACCCAUCUCCGCCGUGUUGCUUUUCCACCUCUCUCUCGCACCCAAAACGCUCGAGUCUCUUGCUCUCUUGCACCCAAUCAAGUCCAAGCUCCUGCUCCUACGCUAACUGAAGACCCCAAGAACAAACUCGAGUGUUAUGGCGUGUUUUGCCUCACCUAUGAUCUCAAAGCUGAAGAAGAGACAAAAUCCUGGAAGAAAAUGAUUAAUAUUGCGGUCUCUGGUGCAGCUGGGAUGAUUUCUAAUCAUCUACUAUUCAAACUUGCAUCGGGCGAGGUUUUUGGGGCAGACCAACCCAUUGCAUUGAAACUACUGGGAUCUGAAAGAUCAUUUGAAGCUCUCGAAGGAGUUGCUAUGGAAUUGGAGGAUUCCCUAUUUCCUUUGUUGAGGGAGGUGAGCAUAGGUAUUGAUCCAUAUGAGGUGUUCCAAGAUGUUGACUGGGCUCUACUAAUAGGAGCAAAGCCUAGAGGUCCUGGAAUGGAACGAGCUGAUUUGUUGGACAAAAAUGGGCAGAUCUUUGCAGAGCAGGGGAAGGCUCUCAAUGCUGUUGCAUCUCGUAAUGUCAAGGUGAUAGUGGUUGGCAACCCUUGUAACACAAACGCACUAAUUUGUUUGAAAAAUGCUCCGAAUAUUCCUGCUAAAAAUUUUCAUGCUUUGACACGGUUGGAUGAAAAUAGAGCAAAAUGUCAGCUGGCCCUCAAAGCGGGUGUCUUCUAUGAUAAAGUGUCAAAUGUGACCAUCUGGGGAAAUCAUUCUACCACUCAGGUCCCAGAUUUCUUAAAUGCUAAAAUUGAUGGCUUGCCUGUCAAAGAGGUCAUCAAGGAUCACAAGUGGUUAGAGGAAGAGUUUACACACAAGGUCCAGACGAGAGGAGGUGCCCUCAUAAAAAAGUGGGGAAGAUCUUCAGCUGCAUCAACUUCCGUGUCAAUUGUAGAUGCCAUAAAGUCCUUGGUUAAUCCUACCCCUGAGGGUGAUUGGUUUUCUUCUGGUGUUUACACCAGCGGAAAUCCGUAUGGUAUAGCAGAGGAUAUAGUAUUCAGUAUGCCAUGCAGAUCUAAAGGGGACGGGGAUUAUGAACUUGUGAAGGACAUUAAAUUUGACGAUUAUCUUCUCAAGAGAAUAACAAAGAGUGAAGCUGAGUUACUGGCUGAGAAAAGAUGUGUUGGUCACCUAAUUGGACAGGGUAUUGCUUUUUGUGAUCUGCCCGAGGAUACUAUGCUUCCUGGAGAGAUGUAAUUGCAGCUAGAUAAUUCUAUAUCUUGAAAACAUCCACGAACACGAAAGCGACGACAAAGUGCAGAUGGAUCAAACCAUACAUUAUUUAUUUAUGUAGAGAUAGAGCUAAACAUUGACAUAUACAUAUUUGUAAUCGUAUGAUUGUUUGUUUAGUUGCUUGUGG